AUGUCUCGUCACCUCGUUAUGCAGGGCAAAUUGCGCCGAGGUCUCGUCCGACGUUCACGAGCCAUCGUGUCGUCUUGGGCUAAACAACUCUGUAUCGGUGUUCUUCAUUUGCAUAAGUCGGGAAUCAAGCACCUUGCGCCGAUUAGAGAUCUUGGAAGUGGCAAGUUGUUAAUCGUUGGUUGGUUCCAUAUGCGCCUUGCUUUCCUCCUACGUUCAAGGCGCCGCCUCAUGCAAUUGGACCCUCAGAAACGGUCCCCUCAGACAACCCCGCCCCUCAAACGUCUCUUCUCUGCAGCCCCCUCCUCUUCAUUCCAGGCGCUCGCUGAUCCCGACGGCCAGCGUCCCGGCAAGAUCCCAAAAUUAGAAAGUAAAAGCGUCCCCUCAUCUUCAAUGCCGCCGCCACCGCACCCUCGUCGCAAGCCUGGGCCUGGCCCGUCGUUGCUAUCCCGUAUGCCUUCCUCGGGGCCUUCGCAUUCAUCUGGAGGCAAGAGUCGCAGAGGCAAGGCGUCAGCAAUGCUGCCAAAGACCCUUCCAGAUCCUUUUUGCGACGAGGCAUACAUCGCUAGGACGUAUCGCAUCAAACCGCUCAAGCCUGUAUGGGAGGAGAACCCCAAGUCCCCGCUCGCAAACUUCCUCAAUUCAAAGUGGUCCCGGCAGCCAGAGUACGAGACUAUACAGGGCAUUGGGGCAAACGGGAAGACGUUAUGGAGAGCGACUGUGAAAAUCCGCGGGGAUGAAUGGGAUAUUACAGGCACUGGUGAUCAUGCAAUUAGGAGGGAUGCUGAGAAGCUUGCAGCGCUGUCUGCGAUGUACCAGAUGGAUGCUCUCGGUGUGUUUGAUCAAAAGUCUGCUCCGAAGAGGCAGAAAAAGUCAGAGCCAGAGCCAGAGGUCUCACCUUCAGAGGUGAAGUUGUCUGACGGUAGCGUUGUCGACUACGAGCGCGGACGACAGUUCAUGGAUUAUUAUUGCCGACGCUUUGGAUUUGGGCGACCUGAAAUUUCAUACACGAUGUUAAAUCCACGCAGCAGCAAGUCCUAUUGGCAAGCGGAUAUGACCGUUGACGGGCGCCGGAUCGGAUUUGGCAAAGGUGGGAACAAGAAGAUGGCUAUGACAAGCUGCUAUGUGGACGUUACACAAUAUCUAGAGCAAUGUGACCCCGAUAUUUGGUCGAAAUUCGUGCAGGACGCUAGAACAGGCAAGGACCUCGGUUUGGCGCCGAAGGUCCUCUUCCAGAUUGACGAAGCUUUGCAGGAAAAAGUCGAGGACCUUUGUGAUAACAUUCAGAAGAGCACACUGUAUAAAAAUCGUCCGAGUAGGCGACCUGCUCAGCUUAACGGCGAUGCGUCUGGUUCGGCUAAUCCCGAUAUGCCUACUGGUCCCCGUGCACCGUAUCGAAGACCGGUGCCACUGACGUGGCUGGAGUCGAGGUCGCAGCAACUUCGCGCAAGGCGGGAAUCGUAUCUCAAUGACUCACGUAUGUCCACAAUGCGCGCGCAACGUGCUGCGUUGCCUGUAUACACAAAAUCGGACGAUCUGUUGAAGCAUAUCCGAGAUCAUGAUGUCACCAUUUGUAUGGCGGCGACAGGCUCAGGCAAAACGACCCAGAUACCGCAGCUGAUUUUGGACGAUAUGAUUGACAGAGGGGAAGGGGCCAAAUGUAAUAUUGUCUGCACUCAGCCUCGUCGGAUUGCUGCGAUCAGCGUCGCCGAUCGUGUGGCGAAGGAGAGGGGGGAAGUUGUUGGCAAAGGAUCAUCUAUCGGAUAUCAAGUCAGGUUUGAAUCUAACCUUCCCGAGGAACAUGGUUCUGUUACGUUCUGCACUACUGGCAUAUUCCUGAAGAGGAUGCAAUCUGCGCUACUCGGCGGUGGACCAAUGGGUCGCAGCCUCGAUGAUGUCACCCAUGUACUUGUCGAUGAAGUUCACGAGCGGGAUGUUGACACAGACUUGCUGCUAGUCGUGUUGAAGCGUCUGCUCGCGGAACGCAAAAGUCGCAACAAACCCAUCAAGAUAGUGCUCAUGAGCGCCACAAUUGAUCCUAAGCUCUUCCAGGAAUAUUUCCGCGACGAGGAGGGCCGGCCGACAGAGGUCAUCGAGAUUCCUGGGCGAGCAUUCCCCGUCGAGAAACACUAUUUGGAUGACUUUUCGCAUGACCUUGCCGGCAAGGGAUCUUCGUCUGGGGUUUUCCAGGACGAAUCGGUACAGAAAUAUCUCGUGCAUCAGCUAGGCGCAGCCGCACCGGUGCCUCCAGGCCGGGGUACUAGCCGUCCUCAUGGAUCGAACAACUCCCCCUCUACUACCGCGGGACCGCCAGAAAGCUCUCGGGACGAAGACAUUGAAAUCCCUAUCCCUCUGGUGGCUUUGACAGUUGCCCACGUUUUAAGAAAAACCGACGAUGGGCAUGUUCUAGUAUUCUUGCCUGGUUGGGACGACAUAAUUGCCGUACAAAGGUUCCUGAGAGAGAAAGAGCUCCUAGGCCUCAAUUUUAACGAUUCUGACAAGUUCAGGAUUCACCUCUUGCAUUCCACUAUCCCGGUGGUUGAGCAGCAGGCCAUCUUUGACCCACCUCCACAGGGAAUUAGGCGCAUUAUUCUUGCGACUAACAUUGCGGAGACGUCUGUCACUAUUCCCGAUGUCGUCUACGUCGUCGAUAGCGCCCGGGUAAAAGAACAGCGGUACGAUCCCGAGCGCCACAUCUCUUCCCUGGUCUCCGCGUGGGUUGGAAAAUCCAACCUCAAUCAACGUGCAGGGCGCGCAGGACGACACCGAUCGGGUGAAUAUUAUGGUAUAUUGGGCCGAAAAUUUGCGGACAAUUUGCACCCACACCAGAUGGUCGAGAUGAAGCGUGUCGAUCUCAGUAAUGUAGUGAUGCACGUUAAGGCGCUCAAUUUCCCCGGGAUGACUGUCGAAGAAGUACUUGCAGAGACUAUUGAGCCACCCUCGCCUGAUCGCGUAGCUGCCGCAAUGAAGGCAUUGCAAAUGGUCGGUGCCCUUGAUCAGGGAAACGACCUGACUUCGCUUGGGCGUGUACUCCUCCAGCUGCCUGUGGAUGUGCAGAUGGGACGACUGGUUCUAUACGGCAGCUUCUUCCGUUGUCUCGAUCAGGCGCUGACUCUUGCAGCCAUCUUGACGAACCGGGAUCCGUUCGUUUCGCCCAUGCACCUCAAGGCCGAGGCUAACGCCAGGAAAAACUCGUUUACCUCGGACGAUUUCCGCUCAGAUGCGCUGGCCACGCUGAAUGCCUACAACUCGUGGUGGGAACUGCAGCGGAAGGGCAUGUACGUUGCCGCGAACAAGUUUUGUGGGGAAAAUUUCCUUGCGAAGCCGACACUGCUUAUGAUUCAGAAGAUCAAGGAGCAUAUUAUGCAGUCGUUGUAUUCGAUCGGUAUCAUCGAUGUAUCGGCUGGCGGAAAUGUUUCUAUACCAGCGGCACCCUUGAGGGGAGGUAAUUUUGCCGUACCCCCCGAAUUGAACCGCAAUGGCGGCUCGUCCCCCGUCCUUGCGGCUCUCAUUGCUAUUGCAACACAGCCGAAGUUUGCGCUUCGCACCGGCGAGAAGACUUAUCGUACUGCCACGGACAAGACGGCCUUUAUCCAUCCUUCGAGUGUCAAUCACCGCAAGAGGGAGAUUCUCGAGCAUGAGGAAGGCACUGCACUCAUUGAAAAGCAGAUUAUAUCUUAUGCUGAGAAGCGACAGAACAUCUCAGCUGGAGUCUCAAAUGCUCAGAAGUUCCUCGUGACGACCUCUCGACUCGAUCCCCUUACAUACCUCUUGUUUGGCGCGUAUAGGAUAGAGGUAACCGCGCGCGGACUCGAAUGUGACGAGUGGCUUCCGAUUGUCGGUCGGCAGGAUGCAUUGGAUGAGCUGGAACAGCUUAAGAUUACAAUGCAGGCAUGCAUGCUUCGGGUGUUUGAAGGGAUCAUCGCACGACAAUCGCAGCCCGGCAGGCGCCGAAAUCAUAUCCGCAAUGACGGUAAAGAGGAGGAGUCAGGCGAUGAAGACGAUGCAAUCCGCCCGUUGACCGGCGUUGAGGUCACAGAACUCGAUUUGAUGGCGGAAGACAUUGUAAAUUUGUUGAACAGCUAUAGUAAGUAUCGAGUAUCAAUGCAGUCUCGUCAAAAUUCCCGGCCUGCGACACCCAUGGACUCCCCCUCCUUCUUGUCGUCGCGGUUACCCUCGCUAGGUGGUUCUAGGUCGGGAUAUUCAACACCCUACCAUGUGGGUUCGACAUUCAGUUCGAGGCCAAGCACACCGAGCCGGCUAUCACGAAGGUUAUGA